CAGCCAUUGUUGUUGAAGGAAUUGUUUGGGCGCGCGUUCUCGCUCGUGGGCCUUGCAGCGGUCACCCUCUUGGCCCGACCCGCGGUGCACAAUUACGAAAUGCAGGUGCUGAUUCUUCUCGCUGCGCUCACGGGCACCCCCUCGCAGGGCUGCGGUGGAGCGGGCGACGACUGCGCCGCGGUCUGCGCCACGAGCGAGUCGUCGACCCAGCACGAGUGCAGCUGCCACGUGGUGUAUAGCAGGUGCGUCUGCGCGGACGAGGCCGCCGCGCUCAGAGCCGACGGACGCUGCCGCCCCCUCGUAGCCGCGCCGGCCUCUGGCGCGACAGGCUGCGCCGCCGGCCUGCCGGCGCGCGCGCUGCUUGCGGUCGCCGCGGCGCCGUCGCCCGAGCUGGGCCGGGAGCACCUGGCCCACGGGCAGCUCUCGGCCGCCAUGGUGGCCAUCCUGCAGGCGGCCACGGCGGCGGCGCUGAGCCUGGACGCCGGCUCGGCGAUGCUCGUGGAGCCGCGUGUGGUGGCGCAGCAGAACGGCUCGGAUCCGGUCGCCGCGGCGGCGGAGGUCGUCUCGCAGCCUGCAGUGGACGGGGGUAUCCUGCUCGCUGAGCUGGAGUUCGGUUUCUGCGCCCCAGCGGGCACGGAGUGGCCGGGCGGCGCGCUGUUCGAGCGGCGUUUCCGCCGGGCCGCGCAGGAUUUCCUCGCCCUGGAGAUGUCCAGCAUGCGCUUCCUGGAGCUGCAGGCCCUGCUGCCCUGGAGCCUCGAGGAGAACCUUGACGGCAGCGGGCAGGAGGGCGAUGGGGCCCUUGCUGGACGCGACGACGGCGCCGGCGCGGACGCGGGCGGCGGGCCCAGCCACGCGCAGAAGGUCCUGUUCUGGGUCGCGGGUGGAGGGGUCCUCGCCGCGGCGGCGACGGGCCUAGCGGCGGCGAGGCUGGCGCGAGCGAGGUGCCGCGCGAGGCAGGGCGGCUGCAGCAACCCGUCGUUCUCGGACUUUUCCGCCGAGGCCCCGCCAGCGUCGCCGCCGGCUCUGGAGAGCCAGUCCCCGCACGGCCCCUCUGGCGGGGCCCUCGCCUGCGUGGCGCGGGGCUUCGACGCAGGCGCCGCGGAGGGGGCAGCGCUGGCGGCCGCGGCGGGCCUGGAGGCUCACGAGUGCCUCCACGCCGCAGAGGGCGACAUUGUUGAGGUGUUUGCGCGCGGCGAGGGCUGGCUGUACGGCACGGCCCCGAGCAGCGGGGCGUUCGGAUACUUCCCCGAGGCCUGCGCGGACUGGAUCGACGCCACGUUGCAGCACGGCGACAUGGUCGGGCCGCCCGGCGAGCCUCACCCGAUGGCGCACUGGUGGGCCCGCGCCGGCUCCGCCAGGCAGCCGCCGCUCUCGAGCGUCCGCGGCUUGCCCCUGGGCCUGGGGCGGUCGCCUCGCCGCCUGGACGACGCCGUUCCUGCCCAGUACGUGUGGCGGCCUGCGUCGCCGCCGGGCCGUCAGCUUGCCGCCAGCCAGGCCUGA